UUUGCUUAAUUGUUUCCUACCUCCGUCCUUCCUACCUGCUGGGUCUCUUUCGGCUUUCCCCAGGGUAGCUUUAAAUAGUCAUGGCUAUUAACCUUAGACGACUUGCUGUUUUAUAUUCCAAGAAUAAACGUACGCAAUAUUAUUGGAGCGUAUGUAAUCUUUCGACUAAAUCUGAGGUAGAAAGUCAUCUAGAUUUUAAGAAAUGGCACAACGGAGGCGGGGCCUUCCACCCCUCAGCUUGCAUUGAUUCAACGGCGCUGAUUGAAAUCGGAGCAAUAGUUUAUCCAGGUGCUGUGCUGGGUGCCAAUGCUCUUAUUGGAUCAGGAGCUGUUGUUGGACCUGCUGUUACCAUCGGUCAAUCAACGAAGAUAGGAUAUGGUGUUUCUCUCAGCAAUUGCAUUAUAGGUGAUUCAUGUGUAAUUCACAAUGGGGUGUGCAUUGGUCAAGAUGAGGUAGAAAGUCACCUAGAUUUUAAGAAAUGGCACAAUGGAGGUGGGGUCUUCCACCCCUCAGCUUGCAUUGAUUCGACGGCGCUGAUUGAAAUCGGAGCAGUAGUUCAUCCAGGUGCUAUGCUGGGUGCCAAUGUUCAUAUUGGACCAGGAGCUGUUGUUGGACCUGCAGUUACCAUCGGUCAAUCAACGAAGAUAGGAUAUCGUGUUUCUCUUAGUAAUUGCAUUAUUGGUGAUUCAUGUGUAAUUCACCAUGGGGUGUGCAUUGGUCAAGAUGGGUUUGGAUUUUUUGUUGACGAGAAUGGCAACAUGUUGAAGAAGCCUCAAAUGCUGAAUGCUAGGAUAGGGAACCAUGUGGAGAUUGGUGCAAAUACAUGCAUAGACAGGGGCAGUUGGAGAGAUACGGUCAUAGGGGAUCAUUCAAAGAUAGAUAAUUUAGUUCAGAUUGGUCAUAAUGUAAUUAUUGGAAAGAGUUGCAUGCUUUGUGGACAAACUGGGAUUGCAGGUUCAGUAACGAUUGGAGACUUUGUAACUUUGGGGGGAAGAGUAGCUGUUUGUGAUCAUGUCUCUAUUGCAUCAAAGGUCCGGCUUGCUGCUAAUAGCUUUGUCACCAAGGACAUAACACAGCCUGGUGAUUAUGGUGGCUUCCCUGCUGUACCAAUUCAUGAAUGGAGAAGACAAAUUGCUGCUCAGCGCCGAAUUUCAAAGAAGGGAAUUGCAUAGAGAUUUUAGAAAUGAACCGUAUGUUGGAGUUUGAAUUAACUUGCUAAAAAAAACCACCCUUAAGCGAGUGUUUGGUUUGGGUAAUCUUUUAUUAAAAAAUAAAAGAUUACCACAAAAAUAAAUUAUUUGAGAAAUUAUUGAG